ACGCGCUCGUUCGGCAGAGGAGGUUCGUGUGGCGACUGUUUUGCCAUGGGCAGGAGGAGAGCUCCAGGUGCUGGGUCCCUCGGCCGGGCCCUUAUCCGCCAUCAGACUCAGCGGAGCCGUAAUCACCGUCACACCGACUCCUGGUUGCACACAAGUGAACUCAAUGAUGGCUAUGAUUGGGGUCGUCUUAAUCUUCAGUCGGUGACUGAACAAAGCUCCCUUGAUGACUUCCUUGCAACUGCAGAACUUGCAGGAACAGAAUUCGCAGCUGAGAAGCUUAAUAUUAAAUUUGUGCUUCCUGAGGCUAAAACUGGACUGCUCUCUUUUGAGGAGAGCCAGAGAAUUAAGAAGCUGCAUGAAGAAAACAAACAGUUCCUCUGUAUACCGAGGAGACCAAAGUGGGACAAAAAAACUAGCCCUGAAGAACUCAAACAGGCAGAGAAAGAUAACUUUCUAGAAUGGAGACGUCAACUUGUCCGGCUAGAAGAGGAACAAAAGCUGAUAAUGACUCCAUUUGAAAGAAAUUUGGACUUUUGGCGCCAGCUUUGGAGAGUGAUUGAGAGAAGCGAUAUCGUGGUGCAGAUAGUAGAUGCUCGAAACCCGCUCCUGUUUAGAUGUGAGGAUUUGGAAUGUUAUGUAAAAGAAAUAGAUGACGAAAAGGAAAACGUUAUUCUGAUAAAUAAGGCAGACUUGUUGACUGCUGAGCAGCGGAGUGCCUGGGCCACAUACUUCGAAAAAGAAAAUGUGAAGGUUAUUUUCUGGUCAGCUUUGGCUGAAGCCAUUCCAUUGAUUGGUGACUCCAAGGAACAAGCAAACAGAGAUGCUGAAGAAGCUGACACAACUGACUUCGAAAGCUCCAGUGGCCAUGAGGCUGAAAUUCCACACGGUGACACUGAACACCUAGCCAGGGAUCCCCUCUCACUCAGUGAAGUCGUCACUAGUGAUGAAGAUGACAGUGAGUAUGAGGACUGUCAGGAGGAGGAGGAGGAAGAUUGGCAGACAUGUUCAGAAGAGGACAGCAACCCUGCCUGGAAGGAAAGCUGUGCUGUGGAUUCUGAGGCCGAUGGCAGGAAAACCCCGCAGAAAAGGCAGACACGGAAUUUUAGUCACCUGGUUUCGAAGCAGGAAUUACUAGAGAUCUUUAAGCAGCUGCACACUGGGAAGAAGGUGAAAGAUCAGCACCUUACUGUUGGACUGGUAGGCUACCCAAAUGUUGGUAAGAGUUCAACUAUCAACACCAUCAUGGGCAACAAGAAAGUAUCUGUGUCUGCCACACCUGGUCACACCAAGCAUUUUCAGACUCUCUUUGUGGAACCUGGCCUCUGCUUAUGUGACUGCCCAGGCCUGGUGAUGCCAUCCUUUGUCUCUACCAAGGCCGAGAUGACUUGCAAUGGAAUCCUCCCAAUUGACCAGAUGAGAGAUUAUGUCCCACCUAUGUCACUAAUUUGCCAGAAUAUUCCGAGACAUGUUUUCGAAGCUACCUAUGGCAUUGAUAUCAUAAAGCCUAGAGAGGACGAAGAUCCCAGUCGACCUCCAACAUCAGAAGAACUGUUGACAGCUUAUGGAUGUAUGAGAGGAUUCAUGACGGCGCAUGGGCAGCCAGACCAACCUCGAUCUGCGCGCUACAUCCUGAAGGACUAUGUCAGUGGGAAACUCCUGUACUGUCAUCCUCCUCCUGGAAGAGAUCCCGUGACCUUUCAAUAUCAACACCAGCGACUGCUAGAGAACAAAUGGAAUGGUGGCGGAAUAAAACUUCAGUCAGGUGGAAAUAAAAAAGCAAAACAGAUUGAAAAUAUAGUUGACAAAACUUUUUUUCAUCAAGAAAAUGUGAGAGCUUUGACCAGAGGAGUCCAGGCUGUGAUGGGCUACAAGCCUGGGAGUGGGCUGGUGGCUGCAGCUGCUGUUAGCUCUGAGAGCGGGGCUGGGAAGCCCUGGAAAAAACAUGGCAACAGAAAUAAAAAAGAGAAAAGCCGUAGACUCUACAAGCACCUGGACACGUGAACCUGGGCUGCAACAGAAAUGGCCCCUGCGUUGUACGCCUGGGAAAGAACAGAAGCUGCUCCUUGCCUGUGGACCCGGGCAGUCAGUGUCUAAGACUGAGGGGCUCCUCGGAGCACCAGCUCGCACUCAUGUCAUCUUGGAGCCCCAGAAACCUGUAGAAGGCUGCGUUUAAGAUGAGGGAACAAAUGAUGCACAUUUGUUUGUGUAGACAUACACAAAUGCAUGCUAAUUUAUAAGUUGGGAAUUUUUUUGAAAAGAUUAAAUUGCCGCUAACAUGUUUUAUUGGUUUAUGUGGAUACACUGCCAUUUGGACAGUCCACGUUCAUUAAACAGUUUUAAUUUGCUAAAA